UUCAAACUGUAAACAAUGAAUGAGUCCCGCGUUGUGUUACACUUACUGACAUUAUUUCCUAACAAAUCUGAAAAUUAUUACUAUUAAUUAUUACUCGAAAAGUAUCGUAGUUGCAAUUGCAACAUUAGUGCAACGGUGGAAGCAGUUAACAACGAUACCCAAACAAGAACAAACAUGUUUCGUGGGUUGUUUAAUGGUAUAUUAGAUGGUUUUUCCAAACUAUGUAGUUGCAAUGGAUCUUCUUCAUUAUCGGACGAUACACAGAUUCCAGGAGCAAGUACAAGAGACGAUAUCGAGUUCGUAAACAUUAAUAUUGGUGAGGAGUUUGCCAAAAAUCUAAGUGACAAGUUUUCUCGCCCAUCUUUGGUUGUUCCGACGGGUUUUCAACCCGUUAUUGAAAUACCUGUAGCACUAGGAGAACAACUGUACAUCGCAUAUGUAGAAUCGACAUUUCGACAACAAGAAGCUCAAAAUCAAAUUGUCCAAGAUCUUAUUAAAGAAGACGAAGAAUUUGCGAGACGACUGCAAGAUGAAGAAAACAAAUACGACAAGGCUCAAGAAGCACGAGGCCUGGAACCUCAGGCGAAAUCUAGAGAGGAACAGCUAAAUAAGAGAAAAUCAGAAUUACCGCUUAUUCAUGGAAAGACCAAUUUUGUACCGCAAUUUUGGCCACAAGAUGAUGAAACUGAUUUGGCAUUCGAGCAACCUGCAGCUUCCUACCGUGAACAAGCGCAACAACAUAUAAAAAAAAGAACACAGUUUUAUAAAAAUGCUAAACAAUGUCUCAAAGUGCAAAAUCACAAACUUGCUAAUUAUUACUAUCAACAAGCGAAAGAGCAAACAAAGCUUAUCGAAGAAGCUAAUAACCGUGCUGCUGCAGCGUUUUUAGCGGAAAACAGUGAACGACAUAGUAAGAAUACCAUUGAUCUUCAUCACCUCUUCGUUAGAGAGGCGAUUCAAGCCUUGGAUAAUUUUUUGGAUAAAGAGAUAACUUCACUGCAAGAUGAACAUUUGAAAACUAAAUUUUUAGUGGUAAUCACGGGAAGGGGGAAGCACAGUCGGGAUGGAGUUCCUAAGAUCAAACUGGCGGUUAUGGAUAGAUUGAAAAAUAGGAAAUUAAAGUAUUCCGAGAUAAAUCCAGGCAGUUUACGAGUUCAUAUUUUCAAGCAUUCGUAUCUUACGACUGAACUGAUGUAAAACUUAAAAUUUUAAGUUUUUUAAUCGAUUCACCUAAGUGUAACAGUAAAAAUCUUUCCCAGUCUGUGUAAUAUUCGAAAUAAAAAUGUACGAGUUAAUUUACAAA